UUGCAAGCCUGGUCUAGCAACUGUACCUAAUCUGAUUGCGAGGCUGAGAAAUACCACAUGAAAAUGAGGACGAUAUGUUAAGUCAUCAAUACAAGGCUUGCUCGGCUCGUUGAUACCCCAGAAGGACUCGCGAGACCUUGCUUCCUACACUCGUUUGUGUCCGGAAUACACGCCGGAGAUAUGGUAUGGUAUUAUGCCGGGAUGACUCUGACUAAACCAUAGGAUGUCGAUAGUUGUGGAUUGUCGACCUCUCCGAAAUACUUAAUGUUACAAAUGCAACGGAACGUGAUACGCGCAGACGUAUAUAAAGGCUCAAGUGUUUCUUGGAUAUUAUCAAAUUAUUCUGCCAACGCCUACAUAACUCAAAAUCAUUACUAGUUCGCUCCAAAGCGUCAGUUUUCAACCAUACCAAACCAAGAGGAAUUCGACUGCAUUACUUUGUUCAAGAUGGAGAACCUCAGAUACGACCCAGAAUUCUGGCAAGUGUUCGAGCCCAUGGCUGGAUACCCGGUGCCAACAUUUGACGAUCCGGUUGCCGCGCGAACUGCAACCGAAAAGACUCUAGGCGAGCUGUUCAAACAGGUGCCUCGGCCAGCUGGUGUUGCUGAGACAAGCUAUGAAGUGGAAUCUCUUGACGGCUUCAAAAUCCCGGUGACUCGCUUUGUGCCCUCAGCUCUGAAAGAUGUCACAAAGCCUCAACGGGCUGUGAUCUAUCUCCAUGGCGGAUGGAUGGUCAUGGGCAGCGUUGAGCUAUUUAAGCCACUGGUCCUGAACUAUGCCCAUAAUUACAACAUCCAGAUUUUUGGAGUCGACUACCGUUUAGGACCUGAAGAUCCGGCACCAGCGGGCGUUGAGGACACCUAUGCCGUCGUCAAAUGGCUUCAGAACCGUGCAGAUGAGUUCAACAUUGACCCAGCCAGAAUUGCACUAUUCGGUGCCAGUGCGGGUGGCGGCGUGGCGGUAGGGGCGUCACUUUUCGCUCGCGACAAGGGACUGAGCCCUCCACUUGCUCGGCUAGUCAUCAUAUAUCCCAUGCUUGACGACAGAACAUCUCUAGACCCCGAGAACGUUCUUACCAAGUACGUGGGUCCGUCGGAUUCGCUCAACAAAUUGGGCUGGAAGGCGUACCUUGGUGGUCGGGAAAGAGACGAACGAGACGAUGUUUCUAUCUACAUGUCACCCGGUAGGGCUGAGAACCUGGAAGGGCUCCCGCCAACCUACGUUGAUAUUGGCGGAUUUGACCUGUUUGCUUCGGAAUGUGUCGAAUUUGUGAGGAAAUUGACAGCGGCCAACAACAGUGUUGAGUUUCAUUUAUACCCAGGUGUGCCUCAUGGCUGGGAAGGUAUUGCUCCUUUGAUCAGAGCAUCGAAGCAAGCGGCAGAAAAUCGCAAAAGAGUUCUGGGAGACUUUUAGCACUACGUUAUCGAGUUAGUUUAAUCAAGUAAUCAAAUACACAAGCAAUUCAUCCCGUG